AUGGCUGGAACUCCUGCUGGGGAAGGCACCAUGAAGUGGGCGAUCAAGACAGCAGAUGCUGUUCCAGCGUCGGAAGGGGUGCUUUCCAAAGGCCCUGAGGCAGUGGAGUUCAUUUUGAACCACGCAGAAGUGUCUUCGGUCGCUGUCAUGCCUGCCAAUCUCCCUGCGCUUCUCAAGAGUCUCCCCAAGUGCACAGAGCACGUAAAGACUGUUAUAAGCAUGGGAGCCGUGGAUGAGGAGUCGAGCAAGGCACUGAAGGACCUUGGCAUCAAGGCGCUUUCAUGGGAGGACGCUCUUAAGGAGGUACUGCUCAGCACCACUGGCGAGCCCAAGGGAGUUCUCUUGACGCACAGGGCAUUGCUGGCUGCCAUUGCCGGGAAUAAGGAUUUCGUUGCAUACAAUAACAUCAACUUUGGCGAAGACGAGAUGUACCUCUCCUACCUGCCCCUGGCGCACAUCUUUGACCGCUCAGCUGAGGAGCUCAUCACCUACUUCGGUGGCGCCAUUGGCUUCUGGCGUGGGGACGUCAAGUUGCUCACGGAGGACAUUGCAGAGCUCAGGCCCACCUUCUUCUGUGGCGUCCCCCGCAUCUUCGACCGCAUUUACGCUGGUGUGAAGGCGAAGGUAGAAGCAGCAGGGGGCAUUAGCAAGUUCCUAUUUGACCUGGCAUACAGCCGCAAGCAGGCUCGCAUCCGGGCGGGCGUGGCCGUGCAGUUUGCCGCUCCGAUCUCAGAUGCGAUUGUCUUCAACAAGAUCAAGGCGCGGCUGGGAGGGCGGGUGAAGGCCAUCUGCUCCGGUGCUGCACCUCUCGCCCCCCCACGUGGAGGAGUUCCUAAAGAUCACCAUGUGCUGCCCCGUGGUGCAAGGAUAUGGUCUCACCGAAACCAACGCCAGUGGGUUUAUCUCGUACACAGAGGGCAUCGAGCAGGCAGGCACGGGGACGUGGGCGAGUGGCAGGCGGACGGGUCAAUGAAGAUAGUGGAUCGCAAGAAGAACAUCUUCAAGCUCGCUCAGGGCGAGUAUGUGGCCGUCGAGAACCUGGAGAAUGUGUAUGGCAACUGCUCCGCUAUAGACAUGCUUCGAGGCGGUGCUGGUGGCGGUGGUGGUGCCGAACCAGCGGCUCUAGAGGCAUGGGCCAAGGGCGCUGGAGUGGAGGGCGACUAUGCUGCCCUGUGCCAGACACCCCAGGCCAAGAAGUUCAUCCUGGAGAAACUUUGUAGAGACUGGGAAGAAGGGCCUGGUGAGGGACGGGGGGAUGGGCAAGGUGAGAGAGAUGGGCAAAGAGAGAGAUGGGCAAAGGGAGAGUGGAGGCAGAGAGGAGAGAAGGUAAGGGGGGAGAGAUGGGAGGGAAGGCAGGAGGAGGAAGGGUUGAGAGGGAAAGAAAGGAGGGGGAACAGGGCAAGGGGAGACGGGGGAAGGGGAGAGGGGAGAGGGGGGAGGGGAACAGGGGAAGGGGAGAGGGGGGGAAGGCUCAAGGGCUUUGAGAUGGUGAAGGGAGUGCAUCUGGACAGUGUGCCCUUCGAAUGCAGCAAGAGACCUCCUCACUCCCACCUUCAAGAAGAAGAGGCCUCAGCUGCUCAAGUACUACCCAGGAGCCCAUUGAUGCCAUGUACGCUGCGCUCAAAGCAUGAGUGCUUCGUCUUGUCAACUAGUGCAUCCAACUCCAUUUCCUUUUCGGCUGUUGCGUAG